AUGCAAAUUUACUUUUUGCAUACAUUGGGCAAUGAAAAAGAACAGCCGUGCCAGACACCAACAUCUCUCACUGAUGACUUGAAGACUAAGAUGAGAAAAAGGAGAACGUUAAAACUCUCAAAACUUCUUCAUCUUUGUGAAUGUUAUGGGAAAUUGGGAAGAUCUAAGCAUGAUCAACAUUUUACCACCUUGAACGCAAUCAGGUGUAAAGUUUGGUUUCCGGAUGUUUACAUGAACAUUUCGUUGAAAAGUCUUAUAAGAAGAACUAAGAAACCGAUUUUGAUUCAGUUUGUUUUUGCGCUGAUGUUCGCUUUCAUGAUUCUCCGAUUAAUUACAACAUAUCGUAUAUGUUACAUGACAGAUCUUCUCUUCAUUGCAAUUCAUUUCUUGAAGUCUAAAUUCUUUGAGCCAUCCGCUAUGAAUUCAAGCCAGUUUAUAAUGAAACAGGAAAAAAAUUCUCAUACAGCAGAACAUUUCGUGGAACUUUAUGGGAUGACUUCACUUCAUCAAGGCAAGUUCAUUAAAAUUCAAGCGUAA